AUGAUUUCGUCUACAACAUGGGUUCCCAGAGGCUUCCCCUCGGAGUUUCCCGAGAAAUAUGAAAUGAACGAUGUUGAGAUGGAGAGAAUUGAAGCCAUGGCCAAUUUGAAACUGAAAGAUGCCCAGGAUGAGCUGGCCGAAACACAGAAAGAUGAUUCUGAUAUUUCAGAAAUGAAAGCCAACAUCAACAAAUCUAUAGCUAGCAAACUACAGUCUCAAGAUGACAUUGAUGAUGAUCUAAAGGAAUAUGAUUUAGAACAUUACGAUGAUGACGAAACGUAUGAGGAUUCUGUUGCCAAUGGCCUCAAAGUCUCGAUGCUACCUGGGUUAUCAAGUACGGGUGCCCGUUACCACGAAGAUGAGAACAACGCAGAUGGUGACGCAUACAUCACUCUUCCAACGGAACGUGAAAUUUUAGAAGAGAAACAAGAGUUGCAAGUAUACCCCACAGACAAUAUGAUCCUUUCCACCAGAACUGAAGACGAUAUCUCCUUUUUAGAUGUUUACGUAUACGACGACGGUGCUGGAGCCCCUGAUGGCGCUGAAGAAGAGGACGGCGACAAAUUCGAUCCUGAUGUGGCCCGUGGAAUGACCAGAGAUCCUAGUUUGUACGUACAUCAUGAUAUCAUGUUACCCUCGUUUCCUCUGUGUGUCGAAUGGUUGAGUUACAAGCCAUUCGGACCAAAUGACAAUAGCAAUGUUGCCAACUUUGCUGCAGUUGGUACUUUGGAUCCCCAGAUUGAAAUCUGGAACCUGGACUGUGUAGACAAGGCUUUUCCAGACGUGAUUUUGGGCGAGCCAGAAGAGAAUAGUGUUGCUGGUCUUACCAAGAAGAAGACUAAGAAAAACAAGAAAGGAUCUCAUGUAACUACCCAUCACACUGAUGCAGUUCUUUCUUUAUCUCAUAACAGAAGUUUUAGAUCCGUGCUAGCUUCUUGUUCAGCCGACUGCACAGUUAAAUUGUGGGAUUUGAACCAAGCUCAAUGUGUUAGGUCCAUGAAUAAGAUUCAUCAGGGUAAACAGAUAUCUUCCUCCCAAUGGAGUGAAGAAAAUGGGUCCAUACUAUUGACUGGUGGUUAUGAUGGGUAUGUAUCCUUGACAGACGUCCGAAUUACUGAAGAGAAAUCAAUGACCAAAAGAUUCGUGGUUGGAUCAGGAAAUGAAGAAGUGGAAACCGCCUGCUGGGGACCCGAGAAAACUGUUUAUGCGGGUACCGAUCAAGGUAACAUCUACUGUUUAGAUAUCAGAGCAGAGAAGUCGUUAUGGACUUUACAUGCACAUGAUUCAGGUAUCUCCACCCUGGAUCGUAAUAGAUUUGUGGAUGGCUUGCUGGCGACAGGAGCUAUGGGAGACAAAAACCUCAAGUUGUGGAAUGUUCCGACGUCAACGAACUCAGGAAAUCCUUCGAUGAUUCUGAGCAGAGAUUUUGGUGUGGGUAACGUGCUCGCCUCAUCCUUUGCCCCAGAUGUCGAAGUGGCAGGCUUCAUUACGAUUGGAGGUGCUUCCGGAUCACUACAAAUUUGGGAUUCUCUAUCAAACCGCACAGUUAGAAAGAGUUUAGGUGGCCAGUUAAAGAGCUUACAAGAUCAGGCCAGAGAACGAGCAAUGGAAUUAGGUCGCAGCUCUAGGAUCAGUCGUAAAUACAGAACCGAGCACGAGCAGAUUAUGGUUCCUGAUGCUGGGGAAGAUGACGAUGAUGAACGACUGGAAGCUGCACCAGAGACAGAGCAAGUCGAAGUUGAUGACGAGUUUGUAUGA